GGAGUGUGGACCCGACAGACACCAACCCAUCCUUUCCUUCCUCCUCGGAUGCGUGAUCCACAUCUAUACGACACCGUCUUUCAAAGGAUUUCGCUCUUCGAAUAUGGUUCCAGAUUCCAUGUUGAGCUUGAGUCAUUUCGAAAAUUCCUGUCAUCCCAUUGCCCAUCGGAUGGAGAAUUGGUGACAUUUCGCAUUUGUCUCUCAACAGCCAUCGAUUCUAUGGCCCUAAUUCUUUACCUCAAAUUAAACCUCCUGCACAUUUGGUCAGAUCUGAUCUAGAUUUCUUGAAGACAGCUUUUGAGGAUAUCGAAAGGAAGACAGAAACGAACGUGUGGUGAAAUGGCGUCUGAGAGGGAAUACUUUAGCCUUUCUGGACCAUUACACCUAACUUCAGUUGACUGGGAGAGUGCAGAUGAUCAAAGGUCUGUGGCUGCCUGUUUGGUUCAGGGUGUCUACAUUCUUGAGCGGGACCGCCAAGAGAAACGUCAAGGUGCCCACGCCCUUGCUCCUCCUUGGUGGGAGUUUUUCCAUUUUGGGUUGCUCCGUUGUCUUGUGGACGAUGCUGAUUCUUCCAUCUUUGGUGCCAUUUUUGAAUUUAAACCUCCAGCAUCUUGCUGUAACCACUCACUGGAUGGAAGUCCACGAUACGUGCUUGCUUUCCGAGGCACCAUAACUAAGCAAGACUCCCUCUCACGGGAUCUCGAGCUUGACCUCCACUUGAUCCGAAAUGGACUUCACCAGACAUCUCGCUUUGAGAUUGCUAUGCAAGCUGUCCGAAACAUGGUUGCUGCCGUAGGUGAUUCAAAUGUCUGGUUAGCCGGCCAUUCCCUUGGGUCAGCGAUGGCAAUGCUUGCUGGAAAAAGUAUGGCCAAGAGUGGUAUCUUUCUCAAAUCUUUUCUUUUCAAUCCGCCAUUCUUUUCUGCCCCAAUUGAGAGAAUCAAGUCUAAAAAACUGAAACAUGGGAUUCGAUUUGCGACCAGUGUGAUCACAGCAGGACUCACUCUUGCUAUGAAGGCUAAACACCAGAGUAAUAGGGCACAAGAAGAUCCAUUUACUGCUUUGUCUGCAUGGGCCCCUUGUCUAUUUGUGAACCCAGCAGAUCACAUUUGUUCAGAAUAUAUUGGCUAUUUUGAACACAGGAAAAAGAUGGAAGAGAUUGGAGCAGGAGGUAUUGAGAGGUUAGCGACCCAGAACUCGUUAGGAAGUCUGUUAAUAAAUGCAAUGGGGAAGGAGGCUGAGCCACUACACCUCAUUCCUUCCGCAAGAAUGACAAUCAAUGCAACUCCUUCCCCAGAUUUUAAAUAUGCUCAUGGAAUUCAUCAGUGGUGGGGACCUGAUCUGCAGUUGCGGUCUGAGCUUUACAAGUACAAAUAGAUGUUGCCCUACCUGUCGAUAUUAUUUGCUGAAAGACUUUCUAUUGGUGUUGGUCCUCCUUAUAAUGGAUUAUAAAAGAAGCUUUUGAUCAGGUUCUUAUCCUGCUACUUAGUGGUCUCAACCGGUCAAUUUGAACUUGUAGCGAAGGCUGUUUUAUUUUAUGGACAGAUGAGGGUCAGAGACUUAUGUUUUGAAGCAUGGAGCUUUGAGGCCACCGGCUCCUUUGAUUAAUUUGAAUUGGUUGUAUGUGCUUAGAGCCAUGGUUACAUGUAAAGAGAACAAACUGACUGUAAUGUUUAAAAUUUACUACUUUGGUA